GUAAUUUCCGGUUGUCGGGCAGGGGUUGGGCUUGUGCCUGUGCCUGCGCCGAAAAAAAGGAAGGGGAUAUUUUUUGCGGUCGUUGCAGGUUUUUGCUCUUGUAGAAACCGGCUAUAUUGAAGCUAAAAUGGGAACUAGAGAUGAUGAGUACGAUUACCUCUUUAAAGUUGUGUUGAUUGGAGACUCUGGGGUUGGAAAGAGCAAUCUCCUAUCGAGAUUCACACGUAACGAGUUUAAUCUGGAGAGUAAGAGCACCAUUGGAGUGGAGUUUGCCACCAGGAGUAUCCAGGUAGAUGGAAAGACAAUUAAAGCACAGAUCUGGGACACGGCAGGACAGGAGCGAUACCGUGCCAUCACUUCAGCGUACUACCGUGGGGCUGUUGGCGCUCUGCUUGUUUACGAUAUUGCCAAACAUCUAACCUAUGAGAAUGUCGAGCGGUGGCUGAAGGAGUUGCGUGAUCAUGCUGAUAACAACAUAGUCAUCAUGCUGGUCGGAAACAAGAGUGACCUCCGUCAUCUGAGAGCUGUUCCAACAGAUGAGGCGCGGGCCUUCGCUGAAAAGAACAAUCUAUCAUUUAUCGAAACAUCUGCACUGGAUUCAACGAAUGUAGAAGAAGCAUUUAAAAACAUUCUUACAGAAAUUUACCGCAUAGUUUCGCAGAAGCAGAUUUCAGAUCGAUCGGCUCAUGACGAAUCACCUGGUAACAAUGUGGUAGACAUCAGUGUACCCCCAACAACUGAUGGGCAGAAAUCUAAUAAACUGCAGUGUUGCCAGAACAUGUGACCUGCUUCAGCAAACCCUCUGAUUCCUACUUCUGCCUGUGCAUUGUAGUGUGUUGUGAAUGCUUCUGUCCAAUGUCUGUGAUUAAUGAAAUCCUUUCUAAUGAGUUGUAGCAGUAGAGCUGAUAUUCAUUUCUGCAUUUGGGACAUCCCUUUUAAUGUGACUACAUUGCAUGUGUCUCUCUACUCUUCCUUCUUUACCUAUAAUUAUGAACACUCAAGACUAAGUCGAGCAAUACUUUAUGUACAUAACUUUUUUUUUUAAAAGACAAAGACACAUACCCUUUCUGCAUCUUUCAAAUGAGUUUGAACUUGUGUGUAUUUAUGCUUCUGUCAUUGAGGGUUCCUGUAUGAAAAAGUCAAGAUCCCACCAUAUUUAAACUGUGGAACAUCUUUUUAUAAUGCUACUGAGGCCUUUAUAUCCUGUCAUAAGUAUUUAUAUCUUGUGCUUUGAAGUCUUUUCAAAAGAAAACCAUAUUUUUCCCUUUCCAUUCAGCUACCAUUAGUGAAAUCUAUCAAUUAUAACUAUUUAAUUGUAGCAUAUUUGCUGCAUCUUAAUGUAGAUACAAAACCUGCAGUGCUGCUUUGCGUUGACUAGUUAGCAGCUUAGUGCAUUAAAAGCUGACACAUUCCUGAAGCAUGUAAAUAUCCACACUAAGUGUCAGCAGUACUACCUUCACUUGGGGAAAACCUGUUAAGUGGGAUUGAAAAGAGAAUAUGCAGCUUGUGGGAAAGAAAGGGCAGUUCUUCAGUUGGAUUCAGACAGAUUUUUUUUUAAAAAUCGUGCAUUUUUUUUUGUACAGAUUAUUUUAUUCAGAGUCUGUCUUCAAUUCCACCUAAGCAGGGAAAUGACUAUAGCAAACCCCUUGCCAAUGGUUUGGAAUCAGAAUCUCAUUGCCUAUUUCUGACCUGAAGAGUUUCAUGAAGGGGGACUAACUUUUGCUUACUGUUCAACACUGGGUUGUUAAAUCAAGAAAUGUAAUGGUAUCCAUCCAAUUCUCACCUCACCUUUUUCCCACGCCCAGCCACCUAAAAAAAAGUUUUGCCUGUGGCUGACACACUGGAACAAUAGCUCUGUUAAAAUGAUUUGGAGCACGCUAUCUGUUAUUUCCUUGUCACUAAUGGUUCUUCUAUUCCAUGAAGUGCAAUCCAUUUUGUAAAUAUGUAUUGUCACUUGAUUGUGCAUGGUUAUUAUAUCUGGUGGAUAAACUUGUUGCCAAACCUUUUUCUGUGCAAUUCCUUCUUCUGCUGUACCACUAACAUUAGAUGGUAUAACUUAAAUCCAAUUUGUCAUUGAAGCUAAGGUGACUUAAUAUACGCUCUGCUUAAAAACUGAAAUUCUCCACACAGGGCACAUCCUUUUCACAUAUGAACUUCUUUCAACUUCUGCAAGAAAUUGCUUUUCAUUGAAUCUCUACAUCCAAAGUGCUUAUGUUCUGGUUAUUUACUUUGCAAUAAAAAAAAACUUGUGGUUGC